CUCCUGACUAUGACUCAACCUAUUUCAUGCUUGAGUUGCUAGGGCACUGGUGAUGCUGCUAUUUUUGAGGUUGCUAAACAAGAAAGAAUUGUUUGUCUGACAAAACGAUCGGACUGACAGACCGCUGAAGUUUUUACCCAUUUUGCAUAAGGGUUGCCUUAUUUACCUUCGUUUGGAACACUACCGUGAGAUGUAGCCAGUGAGAUGGAAUACGAUGAGAAACUAGCCCGCUUUCGCCAAGGCCUCGUCAACCCCUUUGACAGAGGAGAAGAUGAGGCCUCAACAGAGAGCAAUGGUCCCUCAAAGACUGAGGUGAGGCCCGAGCUCUUUUCCUCUGAGACCAGAACCCACGGCUUGGACCGAGCCAUGGACCUGGGGCUCGCUGAGGAUCACUUCUCCCGUCCAAUGGGUUCCAUUGUGGCGUCUGACAUCGAACAGCUGAAGUCAGCCAUAGAGGAGUGCAAGAAACUGAUCCUGGAACUGCCGGAGCAUUCAGAGAAACAGAAAGACACUGUGGUCAAACUCAUUCACCUUCGCCUCAAACUACAAGAACUCAAGGACCCAGAGGAGGAAGAGCCCAAUCUCCUUAUGCUGCUGGAGCAUCGCUUCUCGAAGGAGAAGAGCAAGAGCGUGAAGCAGACCUGUGACAAGUGCAGCGCCAUUAUCUGGGGCCUCAUUCAGACCUGGUACACAUGCACAGGGUGUUACUACCGAGUCCACAGCAAGUGUUUGAACCUGAUCAACAAGCCGUGUGUGAGGUCAAAGGUGAGCCACCAGUCAGAGUACGAGCUGAACAUCUGCCCGGAGAUCGGCCUGGACAAGCAGGACUACCGAUGUGCUGAGUGCCGCACGCCCAUCUCCCUGCGGGGUGUCCCGUCUGAGGCGCGGCAGUGUGACUACACCGGUCAGUACUACUGCAGCAGCUGCCAUUGGAACGACACAGCCAUCAUACCAGCACGAGUCAUUCACAACUGGGAGUUUGAGCCGCACAAGGUGUGUCGCUCCUCCAUGCGCUAUCUGGCUCUGAUGAUGGCCCGGCCCGUUCUGAAGCUGAAGGAGGUCAACCCACUGCUCUUCAACUUCGUGGAGGAGCUGGUGGAGAUCAGGAAGCUGCGUCAGGACAUUCUGCUUAUGAAGCCUUAUUUCCUCACCUGUAAGGAGGCAAUGGAAGCCAGGCUGCUGUUGCAGCUUCACGAAAGGCAGCACUUUGUGGAGAAUGACGACAUGUACUCGCUGCAGGACCUCAUCGACAUCUCCACCGGGCGCCUCAGCUGCUCGCUCACAGAGAUCCACACCACGUUUGCCAAGCACAUCAAACUGGACUGCGAACGAUGCCAAGCCAAAGGGUUUGUGUGCGAGCUUUGCAAAGAGGGAGAUAUUCUCUUCCCCUUUGAUAGCCACACAUCGGUCUGUCAAGACUGCUCUGCUGUUUUCCACAGGGACUGUUACUAUGACAACUCAACAACGUGUCCACGAUGUGCUAGAAUGACGGAGCGGAAGCAAGACCCCUUUGAUGACUGAUUCCUGGUCACUGUGUUGCACCCUGCAUCUGCUUGACUUGUUGUACAGUACACAUUCUUAACUUGCACUACAUUGAAGUACUGUUUUUCUGUGUCUUGUCAGUACUUAUUUAAAUGAAAUUUUGUCAGUGACAUUUAUGUUUUUUUUAAAUUGCACAACUUGUCAGGAAUACUGAUUCUAGAAAUGCUUGUAGUAUAAUUUAGAGGUAUGUCAUUGCCCAUAUCCCUCUGAAUUUAUUAUUUACCUGACCUGUACUACAAGUCUGACACAACUGGAGCAACACAAGCACAGACAACACUAACACUAAGACCUCUCACUAGAUUCAAUCAGUUUGGUGUAUGAAAUUGAAUCCUGACAUUUCUUCACUACCCUUGAGGACAACUGCCAUUGACUGCCACGCCUUAUGAAAGCAGGUUAUGUAUGUAUUAGGGUCUACUAUUCUUGGAGGCAUGGUGGAGUCUUGUACGUUUUCAGAACCCCAUUUGUUGCGGUGACCAGGACGGCAUGCCUGUGUGAGGAGCCUUAACAUAUACUGUAUUUGUUGACUGGAAGUUGAAGCAAAGCACUAAAAAUAAAUAACCAUUAUUGUUGGCUUUUUUUUUUAUGAUCGUUUACAUAUUUUUGAAGGAACUGGUAGUUUGUCUGUCAGAAAGAUUUAAAGACAAGUAAUUCCUGUGUCCAUUACUAAAGACAAUUGUGUACAUGUGUUGCAGAUUAUAAGUGUUGUGUUUUGAUCAACCUGAAUAUGUAUAGGGUUUUAUAACUUCUGGACUAAGUAUUUAUAAGAAUUAUAAAACCUUAGUAUAAUAUUGCCUAAUGUUCUUUUGUUGGCUGUGUGUAAACAAUAUGUACUCUUAUUUGUUUUAAAAUAAUGAAUAUAUUUGCUGUGUUAUGUUUCAGCAUGAAAGAAGUCAAGCCAUUGUCCUAUUACGUAUCUACAGAAUAGUGUCUUGACUUGAAAUAUCUUGUCUCAUUGUUUUGUGAGAUGUUGAUGUAUAAUAUCAGCUUAAAGUCUUGCAUGAAUAAAUACUACUGCAAUUUAUCUUUA